UGGUGGGGGGUGACACCAGGAAUAAGGAACAUGUAUCAGCUUCCUGUAACCAAGCUGGACACCAUCAGAAAAUCACGAAAGAAAGUGAAGGGGAUUUUAUCAGAUAUUGGUCUGGAUUGUUGUGAAGAAUUUUUGGAGGAAUGGAAAAGUACGAAUCCAGUAGAAUGCAACAUGAACAUCACAUCGUGGACAGAUAUUUCAGUAUGGCAGCCAAGUAAGAAAUUGGAGAGUUAUCGAACAAAACCAUAUUGCUGCAGUCUGUGCGCUUUUUCAACAACAUUUAUUUCUGCUUACAAGAGUCAUAUGCGAUGUUCCCAUGAAGAUGAAAUGGAUGUGGAAAUGAUGAUUGGCUGCCCUAAUUGUCCAUUUGUCUCCUAUCCUAAGAAUAUGAAGAAACACAUCAGGAUGUUCCAUUCAGAGCCUCGGAAAGCACAUGUCACCAACAUAAAUACAGAUCAAGUGAGCCCGGUGCAACCCAAGAUCUUGCAAGGAAAAAUGUCAAACCUGGUGAAACCAGUUUAUUUUUGCAGGGUUUGUCAUUACAAAAACGUUUCCAUGUAUGCCUUAAAGAAACAUGUUUUUCUAUCACAUUUUGGAACUUUAGUAAAUGCUUACAUUGGGGAGGUAGAGCCAAAGCUUGUGUCAAAAGAUAAGAUCCCUGUGGUGCACAAGCAAAAAUCAUUUUACCUGAAUAAGUAUUUUUGUAAAGGAUGCAAAAUAAAAAUGAUCACCUAUGAGGCCUUAAUAUAUCACAUUUUAGAUAGGCAUAAAAAAGUGGACCAUCAGGUAAAAGCUGUAAUUGGACAUGUAUCAGAGCUGAGGACUGUGCCACCCAUUGCUCCCAAGCCUUUGAUGGACCAAGCUUCUGUAGCGGCAUUGCCCAGUGCUGGACCAUCUGUACAACCGUUCAAAGCACCUCCUAUUGUCAGGCCUCCGGAUCAAACACAGCCCAGUGUCGGACCUCCUGUACCACUGGUUCAAACACCGUCUAGUGUCAGACCACCUACACCAUCAGUUCAAGCACUGCCCAUUACCGGGCCCCCUGUACCACUGGUUCAAGUACUCUCCAGGGCAGGACCACCUGUACCACUGGUUCCAGCAUCGCACAUUGUCAAACCACCUGUACUACCGGUUCAAGCUCCACCCUGUGCUGGACUACCUGUGACACUAGUUCACGCACUCCCCAGUGUUGGCCCACCUUUACCACAGGUUCACGUACCGCCCAGCAUCAAACCAUCUGCACCACCAGUUCAAGCACUGCUUAGUGCUGGACCACCAGUGUCGUCAGUUCAAGCUCCUCUCAAUGUCAGACAACCAAUGCCAGCAGCGCCCAUUGUCAGACCAGUACCGUCCAGUGUCUUAACGGUAUCAGCACCUCUUGAUAUCAGAUCAAUGGCGCCAACUCUUUUCAGUGUCAGUCCAGCAGUACCGGCAACCCCCAGUAUUGGGCCGUCCUUAUCGGGAGUGCCUAGUGUGCAAUCAACGACAGUAGCAUCCCCCAUGACAUCGUCUGUACCUGCAUCUUUGCAACAGGCCAUUAAUAUGAUGGCACUUAAACCAGUAACUGUGGGGUCUUUUCUGCCCAAUGUGAACCACUUUCCUUCACAAAAUAAUACGAUUCCCGUAACUAUAUCCACCACUGGUCCAGUGGGUGCUCCAAACGCAACACAGGUCAAUCUUCUGUCAGCUUUCCAGAAUAACCUUACAAUCAGAACAGUUGGUCCAGUCCUUCCUCAGGCAAUUUUGGUUCCACCAGGAUUAACCUUAGACCCAACGAUGAGAGCCAGUGUUCCAGGAAAUGUUGCAUCAACCACUUCACAGGCAUUGAGACAAUUAAUCCAAACCACCAGCCAUGUAAAUGGUGUACCCACUUAUACUCUAACUCCAGUUCAGUUUUCUUUGCCUGUUUCCUCAGCUGGUAUGACAGGUGGAACGCCUGGUAUGAAUUCUACAGUACAGGUACCAAUGACUGUCACUCAAACAAAUGCAAUGACAUCUGUGUCUCCUCAGCAAAUAAAAGAACCCUCCCCUGAGAUGACAUUUGCAUUUCCCCCGGUGCAGGAGCAGCAAAGUGAAGAUUGCGUCAAUCCACCCAAAACUCAGCAAUGGAAGAGUUGCUCAGAAUGUAGUGAAUUGGUUCCAUUAAAUCUGUUUGAUAGCCAUGUUGCAGUGGCCCAUAAUGCUGAGAAAAUUUCUAACAAACCUGACAAAGUUGUUGCUUCUGCUAGUUACUUGCAAAGAGUGCGUGCUCAAAUAGGCAAGUGCCUGUUCUGUAAAAGCUAUGUGCAUAAAAAUGUACUUCUCUCUCACUUACUAACACAUGGUCUGAGUUGCCUGUUCUGUGCAUUGACAUUCCAUGAUCUUGCGCAAUUGGCUGAACACAUGAAAAGUUUGCACGCUGGACUGAAAUUUGAAUCUGUUCAUUAUAUUAAAGAUGGAGUGCCAACAUCCAGCCAAAUCAAUGGCGGCAGUUUUAACAUGACAAUUACUUUGCCAGAAGAUAAAAUGGGUCCCAAUGACAUUCACUUGACACUUAUUCCAAAUAAGAUGUCUUCUCCUCAUGCCCCCUUACUAAUUGAAAUUUGUAGAGAAAAAAAUGAAGCAACUAUUGUGAAAAACACUCCUACAGAAGAAAAACCUGAUAUAAAAUGUUCCUUUUGUUCAAAAUUGAUUUUAGAGUCGAAAUAUGAAAAGCACUUACAUGAAAAUCACCAAGUAGCACCCAUGAUCCACCCACUGCUGAAAAUACCAGCCUUCAAGUGCAUUCACUGCCUUGGUGUGUACACAGAUAGCAUGACAGCCUCAACAAUAUCUCUUCAUCUGUUACAUUGUAGAGGCCUGAAUAAACAACCUAUUUUGCCAAAAAGUGUUGUUCAGUCAAAGCGUGAGGUUCCAGACAUUGAGAAGAAUUACACGACUGAGAUUUUAAACACAGAAAGUGAAGAUCUGGAAUUGCCUCCUUCCAAAAGAUUAAAAGUUGAUGUGGGGGCAUCUAAUCAUCAACUAUCUCCUACAUCAGUGAUUGACACUGACCCUAAUUCACAGUCUUUGCCAUUACCCGACCCAUCUACAGUCUUAGCUUUGGUUCCCAAAGACUUUGAGAAUUGUUCAUAUGAAGAAAGAAAGUUAUUCUUGCUUGACUACUUUCACAAGCGACCUUACCCUAGCAAUGAAGAGGUUGAAAUGUUAUCUUCAAUUUUAUGGCUGUGGAAGGCUGAUGUUGCUCUUAUGUUCAGCAAAAAGCAACAUCUGUGCUUGAGAGCUAUAAAGAGACGCAAACCUUUGGUGCUUUUGGGGUUCAAUAUGUCUGAAAUGAGAAAUGUAAAGCACAGUAUAACACUGGGUGAGAUUUGAUAUUAAAAACUAGUUUCAAUAAGUUUAUGUUGGAAUCUAUCAAGUACAGUAGAAAUGAAAAAACAGGAGAAAGAGUCCACUAGUAAUAUGCGUUGUAGCAAAUUCAGGACUAAUUCAAGAAGCUUUCUAUACUGGUAGACGAUCAUUAAAGUGGAAGAGAAAUGGUGCAAAAUAACCGUUUUGUUUUUAAAAUCGAUCUGUGCCUUUGUGUACUAAAGUUUGGUUAUUUUCUGUGAUUAAAACAGCAGAGCAAGAAAAAAUUAUUAAACCAGGAUGGAAAUAUUUAACGUGAAUCCCAUUUAAACCAAAAAUUGUAGAAUAUUUAAAAAUUGCCCUGUUUUAUUGUCCAAUUGUUUGGUAUUUUGGAGAAACAUGUAACCUUUUAUAUAUAUCUAAGAAGAAAACGUUGAUGGUACAAAGUAGUUGAUUAGACAUUUUUACAGUCAAUAUGUUGGAGUAAUUUAUUCUCAUAUUAUUGUGUUGUUGGUUCCACCAAAUCAAAUGUUCAGUUAUCUGUUGUGCUCUGCAUUGUUAUUUGUCUGAAAUAAAUUUUUUCCUUUAUCCCUUCCUCCCCCCCACCCAUGCACAAAAAGCCUUCGAUUUUGAGUACAGGAAAGUGACAAAGGUACUGCAGAUUGAUGCGACAAUAUAUUUGCGGCAUUGUUUUCUCCCCCUCUUUACAUGAGAUUAGUUGUUUACUUAGCUGUUGAUUAAUGUUGGUUUAGCUGAGUCAAUUAUAAGAGAUGGUGCAUAUUCCUAGUCUUUUACUAUUUGGAAGGUCCAUCAUUUAUAACACCCCCUUAUGAUUUUGUGGUCAUUACUAAUCACUGAUACAAGGGAAAGCAAAAUUGGUUAAGGCAGCUUGAUAAAUUGGAAUAUUUGUAUAUUGCUGAAAACAUUUUGUCCAAAAUGAUGUGGAUUUGUGUUUCCAUUUUUAAAAAAAAUGCAUCUACUCACUUUCAUUUCCUCGUAUCUGGAUUACAAUGCAUAUUCCUACUAAUCUAAGACAAUACAGACCCUACAUGUUUAGUCAUAUACUGUUGCCUCAAAAAUUUGCUUCUGCUAAACAUUGUAUCUGGUAAAAUUCAAUUUGGAACAUUUUGCCCUAACUACCACAUUUAAGUUUUCUUAAAAUGCUCAAAACUAUUACACAUUGCAAAAGCACAGCAGACCAUCAGCAUCAAAUAAAAAAAUAUUAAUAUUUCAUCUACCAUUUCAGUUUAUAAUGCCAUUUCACUAUUUAUUUUGUGUACAUCAAUCUCUAAUUUUAAUGUUUUUUUUGUUAGCAUCACACUUGGAUUCUGACCAGAAGGCUGCAAUUUAAAGUGGUAAGGCUGCUUGUAACAGUCAUUUAAAAUUGGGUGAGAUUGGUCGCUUCUGAGUGAGGGUUGCUCAAGAGAUUACUCCAUUUGUAGAUAUGUUUUGUAUCUAGUUUCGAGGAAAGCCUGACACAUGUGAUUGAUCCCUGCUGGAUUCACUUCUCGAGGCUCAUUGGAGAUGGAUUCGUAGUAAUCAUGGAGUUAAGCACAUGCCACAAUGCUCUUGAUGGAGCAGGACGUAUACUGCUGAGUGACCUAUAAUGGGAGGGAAGAGUAUAAUAAUGAUGUAAUGUGGCAUCUAAGAUAUUGGCCCCAGAUGACAAUUGUUAAAAUUAGGUUACACUGUAUUUUAUUGUCUGAUGUGAUGCCAAUUUGGCAUCCUUUUUAAAUGUUACAUUCUAUCAUCAUUUGAUUUACGGAAAAGAUUGUGUUGGACGGAAAUUAAAUACAGAAUUGCUGCCAGAUGUGUGUAAAAAUAAAUGUACUUGUGUUCACUAUUUUGCUUGUAUAAUACUAAAUAUUCAGUCCCUUCACAUGGAAAUGUGUUUUCCUGCAUUAUUUCAUUGUCUGCCUAUGAAACUUUUUAUGCACCUAUUAAUAAAUGUGUGCAAUCUG